AUGUCAACAUCAGAGAAAAGCCGCCAGUCCAACAUAGACGCUCCACAGCUCCCCUUCGAAGUCGACGGCCUCUACAUCCUAUUAUCUAACCGCGGCGACAAGAGCUACACAUUCCACUGGAGCCUCUAUCUACACCAGAGUCCAAAAUUAGGCUCUGUCUACCAUCUACUAAACGACAUCGACACAAGCACCUGGCGCUUCGAACAUCUGCCCAAUGAGAGCGUCAUCUACGACCAAGCACUCCUCGUAGCCCUCAAAAUAGGAGUAUUGAAUCCUACCCUCCACAUGCCCUUCCUCGACCGCCUGCGCCAAAUCCCAAUCGUGGAUUCAGUGCGAUUCCGCGAGAGAAUCACCUGCCGGGUGUGGCUGAAGGAAGCCCUCUUUGCACUCGACGACGAGGGAUAUAUUAUGCUCACUCGGAGUGUGGAUGACAUCGAAGCCGAGGCGAGGAAUCUCGCCCUUCAGAAUAAGAGUCUAGGGAGGCGGACAAUUGUGAAGAGUGGUGGAAGUCAGGCUUGA